UCCAUCUUCUGUGAUUGGAGGUAGUUUUUAAUUAUUGAAUUACAUUUUUGUUUUCUGAUAGAGCCUAAUUUUGCUAAAAGAAAUGGAUCUUCAGAUCUGGCUUGAUGCCCGUAACUUGGGAAACUAAUGUAGAAUAAAAUAUAUUCUUAAACCAAGAUAAUGGCCUUCAUUACAAACAAACAUGCUGCACUGAGUUGACGUGGGAGAGCUGCAGGAGACAUUCUCACCAGAGCCUGGGUCCUGCUACUCAGUGGUGGAUUGAAGCAUUUUGCCUAAAAAAUCUAGGAGCGAUGCGUCUUUCAGCAUGCCUGUGCAUUGUGCUCAUUAGCUUUUUGGAGGGAGUGAGCUGUUCAUGUCCUUCACAGUGCACCUGCGAUUAUCAUGGCAGAAAUGACGGCACAGGAUCAAGGUCGGUGCUAUGUAAUGACCUGGAUAUGAACGAGGUCCCUAUGAACUUCCCUGUGGAAACGGUGAAGCUACGUAUAGAGAAGACUGUCAUCCGCAGAAUCCCCGCAGAGGCCUUCUACUACCUGGUGGAGCUCCAGUACCUCUGGGUGACUUACAAUUCCGUGGCCAGCCUUGAUGCCAGCAGCUUUUACAACCUAAAGCAGCUGCAUGAGUUGCGCUUGGAUGGAAAUUCUCUGGCCGCUUUCCCUUGGGCAUCUCUGCUGGACAUGCCCCAGCUGAGGACCCUGGAUUUGCACAACAACAAAAUAACCAGUGUGCCUAACGAGGUGGUCAGGUACCUGAAGAACCUUGUCUACUUGGAUUUAUCAAGCAACAGGCUAACCACACUACCACCAGAUUUCCUGGAGAGCUGGUCCCACUUACUUACAACAUCGUCAAGAAGCCUGGACCUUUCACCACAAAGAAUUAUUCUUGGUCUGCAGGACAACCCUUGGUUCUGUGACUGCCACAUUUCUAAAAUGAUCGAGUUGUCAAAAGUUGCUGACCCUGCUGUAGUGCUUCUUGAUCCACUGAUGAUAUGUAGUGAACCUGAGCGCCUGACAGGGAUUUUAUUUCAGCGGGCUGAGUUGGAACAGUGUUUGAAGCCAUCAGUGAUGACGUCGGCCACCCAGAUCACAUCUGCUGUGGGCAGUAAUGUUCUGCUGCGGUGUGAUGCUACUGGCCAGCCUACUCCACUGCUCACGUGGACCAGAUCUGACAGCUCACCAGUUAAUUAUACAGUAAUUCAGGAAUCUCCAGGAGAAGGAGUCAGAUGGUCCAUAAUAAGUUUGACAGGCAUUUCUUACAAGGAUGCUGGGGAUUACAAAUGUAAGGCCAAAAAUUUGGCUGGGAUGUCAGAAGCUGUGGUUACUGUGACAGUGGUUGGUGUUGUCACAACCACGGUAUUAUCAGACACCUCUGAAAGAACUGGAGAUCACCUUGAGCAAAGAGCCCAGCCAGGAUCUAGAUCUACAUCCAUACCUGGUUCACUGUCAUCUCCUUGGUCCUCUAACUCAUCUUCUUCCCCUGCUUCUUCCAUUUUUCUUUCUACUUCUACUUCCUCUCCUCCCUCCACUGCUUUCUUCUCUUUAUCUCCUUCCCUCUCCUCCAUUGCAUCUUCAAUCACAACUCUAAGCACCAGAAUUUCAACAAAGCCCACCAUGGCCAGCCAGCAGUCAUUCCAGCUCCGCCCAGAUGGGAAAAGAAAUGUAAAGGCGGAGAUAGGUGGAAGUAAGCUUCCUUCAGCUAGUGCAAGUAAAAAUGAAGAGUUGGCGUCAUUGGAUCAAGCAAUGCCAAUGGAGACAAAUACCACAAUAGAAAAUCUCAGAGUAGUCAGUGAGACUGAAGAGAGUGUGACAUUGAUGUGGAACACUGUCAACACUACACGUAAGUCCGAGGUGACUGUGUUGUAUUCCAAGUAUGGCGAGAAGGACCUGCUGCUGCUGAAUGCAGACUCCAGCAAGGACCAAGUAACCAUAGAUGGCUUGGAGCCUGGCAGGCAGUACAUAGCAUGCGUCUGUCCAAAGGGAGUGCCUCCCCAGAAGGACCAAUGUAUCACUUUUUCUGUUGACAGAGUCGAAGAAGAAGGUGAUUCUCAAGUGUCUUUCCUUAUCGUGGUGAGCGGUACUGCCUGUGUUGUUGUCUUGCCAUUGAUAUUUUUCCUGUUGUACAAAGUUUGUAAACUGCAAUGUGGGUCAGAAUCCUUCUGGGAAGAUGAUCUGGCAAAAGAGACUUAUAUUCAAUUUGAGACCCUGUCCCCCAGGUCUCAAAGUAUAGGGGAACUUUGGACGCGAAGGCACAGAGAUGAUUCUGAAAAAUUGCUGCUUUGUUCUAGGUCAAGUGUGGAAUCUCAGGUGACCUUUAAAAGUGAAGGUUUGAGACCAGAGUAUUAUUGCUAAGGUUUUACAACUCAGGCACAUGUGAAGUCCAUACAAUUUCUUCCGCACAAUUAAGGAUCUGAGGAUGUGGUUGACCCUCUGUUUGGAUGACUUUUGGACAGAUUUUCACAUCCUCUAUGAAAAUCACAAAUGGAGUGCUUUUAAUUGUGCUUAAAAAAAAUACCAUGCGAAGGGCACUUGGCUGGCUGUCAAUAGGGCAUGUAACUCCUGAUCUCAGGGUUGUAAGUUUGAGCCCCAUGUUGGGUGUAGAGAUUACGUAAAAACUACCAUGUGACUUCUGAACUAAAAAGACAAAUAGUCUGGGUUUUUGUUAUGUGGAAGAUGUCCAUAGAAAUAAUGUUUAGGGUACUGCUUAAUAAGUUAAUAGUAUGUUUUAGGAUAGUGCUUAGUUCUUAAAAAUAAAUUCAUGUGAGAAUAGUUGUCAAAAAGUAAAGUCUGAAUUUUAAAAAGAUAGUUUUCCAAGAAGUAAAGAUUAGCAUAACCAGGUAAGCCUUGAUGUUCAUCCAUGCUUGAAGUGCUUUAUGGCAUUUGCUGUGCCUAGUAGGCGAGAGUGGGAAAGUAUAGAAUUUUGCAUUCAUUAAGGUUAAAUGCAACCCAUUGGAGAGGGAGGGCGCUAGCUCUUGGUACCAUUAUGCAUUACAAUACUGUACGGUUGUAUUACUAUUGCAAGAAAAAACUUCCCUUAUCGUUAGAAACAUAGGUAUUAGGAAAAAUAAGUUUAAAAGGAGGAUUGUGAACAUAGUAAGUCCAUUUCUAAAAAUAGUAACCAUUGCAUUCUAAUGCAUUUGCUAACAGACUGUAUGAAUCUUUUCAAAAACAUAAGUGCUCAUUUUGAAACAAUCUCCUUAAUACUUUGAUAUUCACUCUUCUCUUCCCCUCCCUCUUCUCUUUCUCUCCCUCUCCCUUUCUUCCUUCAUUUCUUUUUUUUCCUCUUCUGCUUUGUCAGAAGAUAUUCAGGUCGUCAAAGGACCACAGCUAAGUUGUUUGUCCUUUGCCAGGUUAUAUUUUGUUUUGUUUUGGUUUUUAAAUAUAAUUUGUU